AAACCGCAAGAGCAGGUUACGAUUUUGUUGACGUCACUGCGUUACUGAGCUUGAGGAAGCGUCUGACAAAGCAUCGAGAUUUGAGAAACAGUGCUUUUUCUGAUCAUUUCAUUGUUUCUAAGCACGUGCCGUUAAGCCUGUUGUUCUCAAUCUGCAGUCAAGUUUAAAGGGUCAGAAUUAGCUCGCCAGCUAUCUGACUGCAUUGAGUUGCUGUCAGCUCGCAGCGGUGAAGUGCACACUUAUCGAUCAACAUCAAGAAACCCCCGGAGCCUUUCUAUCGAUCUUCAUCGAUCCGCUGAGGAUUCAUUGGUGGAGAGUGAUGGGGGCCCAGAGGAGUGAGGGACGCAGGGACUGGCUCCAGCAGGACUUCACCGAGCAGCAGGUCCAGACAGUGAAUCCCUGGAACAUCAUGAUCAAACACAGACAGGUUCAUCGCAGAGGACGGCGCUCACAGAUGACGGUCAGUUACACAGAUCCUGUCAUUUCCAUGGAUCUUCUGCGAACUGUUCUGCAGCCCAGCUUUAACGAAGACAUCCGUGCUGUGUUCAGAAAAUAUAUGAAGUUUUUUGAGAAGGCUGCCAGCAAUGUGAAAGAAAAUGUUGGAGGAGACGUCCAGCCCGACCAGCUUAUCAGAGACACCUGCAGAAACUGCCUGGAACAUGCAAAGCAGCUCUUUCCUGAUGCUGAGAAAAUGGCCCCGAAAGCUAGUGUUGACCCCACAGUGAAGCGUGCACGGCAGCCGGACGACUCCUCUGGCCAGAGAGCCAGCCCCAUCCCUAAAAAGGUAAAAUAAAAAACAUAUUUGGAAAUAUUGACAUACGACAGAACAUCCCAGUACAGCACUGCAGCAAAACCCAAAGUAUCCGAGCCAAUAAGGCGAGAAGGACCUAAGUGGGACCCAUCCAGACUGACUGAGAACAGCACAUUCGUUCUGGGAUCCAGGGCCAAUAAGGCUUUGGGAAUGGGUGGUACAAGAGGAAGAAUCUACAUCAAACAUGCAGAGCUCUUCAAGUAUGCCGCUGAUGCUCAGGACAAACACUGGCUUUCAGAAAGACAGCACAUGAGAGCCACCGGUGGGAAGAUGGCCUAUCUGCUUAUAGAAGAGGACAUUCUUGAUCUUGCCCGAAGUGAAGACUACAAGGACUGCCCUGAGUUGAAGCUGGAUGAACUGAAACCGUUUCUAGUGCCCUUGUGGAUGGUGGAGAAGAUGCAGAAGGCAAUGGAAGCGCAGAAAACAGAAAAUGAACUCGUCAUGUAAUACCAACCAUUGGACCACGGACACUCUUGAGUGUUACCAGUUUAACAUAACUGUAACUUGUUGUUGUUUGUUUUGUUUGUGCGAUGUUCACAGUAGACCCAGGCAUUAUGAUCAAGUUGCCCAGAAAUUGUUCUGUUGGAGGAUUACUUGCCAAAUCAAAAUUCCACAUUUCAUUUUAAUGUGCAAUGGUCUAAACUGGUCUAGAUCGAAUUUAUUUUUUCAUGACUUUGUAUUUAAAAGACUUCAAUAUCUCAUAAGGCACACAUAGAGCCUUAAUUUUUUUUUUUUUUAAGUACUGUGGUUAAGACAUUUUGUAUGUUUGUUUUUGUGUGUUUCCCAUGAUCCUUUGUCCUAUUUUUUUAACUAAUAAUUUUGUUUGUCAUAUAUGCUUUAAAAUGGAAUUUAUUUGGUUAUUUUCAUUUCUGUCCUUUUAAAUAUAUUGCUUUGUUCUAAAGAACAAAAACCUAAGAAGCUACUUCCUCUCACAGAACUAUACAAUGAGCUUAAUGUUUUUACCUUAUAGUAUAUUUUGUAACUUUAAUGUUUGUUUGUUUUUUUUAAAUGAAAUGAACAUUUUUUUAAUUGACUGAUUUUAUAGCUUAUUAAUAACGGUAGGGUAAGUGUUUAAAUUAUUUUCUAAAUGAAUUUCAUACCUGUUACACUCUGUCUGUUACAUCUGAAAAUGUAGAACAGUUUAUUAAUGUAUGCGAGUAUAUUUACCAAUAAACAGUUUUUAUGCUAAA